CGCGAGAGCGGGAAGAGGAGGGGACGGUGUUCCACCGAACGCAGUCCAGGUUGGAGACGCAACUCGUGUUCCUAAUUAGAGGGCUGGAGAAAACGGCUCGCUUCGCUCUGCAGUUUGCACGGCCGGACAGCCUGAGGUACAAGAAUCAUAAACUGCUAUGACUAUGAAGAGAGUGACUCAUUUAAUCAGUUUUACAUAGAAGAAAAUGAUAGAGAAAAAUCAAACUUGUUCUGAAGGGCAGGAUUCUAUGCCCUAUAUGAUUUGUCUGGUUCACAUAUUGGAAGGCUGGAUUGAUGUUCAACAAUUAGAGGAUUAUUUGAAUUUUAUUAACUAUCUUCUGUGGGUAUUUACUCCACUAAUAGUCUUGAUACUUCCUUACUUUACCAUUUUUCUUCUGUACCUUACUAUUAUUUUCUUACAUAUUUACAAGAGGAAGAAUGUAUUAAAGGAAGCAUAUUCCCAUAAUUUAUGGGAUGGUGCAAGGAAAACUGUAGCAACUGUAUGGGAUGGACAUGCAGCAGUAUGGCAUGGUUACGAGGUUCAUGGGAUAGAAAAAAUACCAGAAAAAGGACCAGCACUUAUUAUUUUUUACCAUGGGGCCAUUCCUAUAGAUUAUUACUACUUUAUGGCUAGAAUCUUUAUCCAUACAGGCAGAACCUGCCGCGUAGUAGCUGAUCAUUUUGUUUUUAAAAUCCCAGGGUUUAGUCUGUUGCUUGAUGUAUUUUGUGCUCUACAUGGACCAAGGGAAAAAUGUGUUGAAGUGCUGAAGAGUGGCCAUUUGUUAGCUAUUUCACCAGGUGGAGUUCGAGAAGCACUUAUUAGUGAUGAGACCUACAGCAUAAUUUGGGGUGAUCGUAAAGGCUUUGCCCAGGUUGCUAUAGAUGCAAAAGUGCCCAUCAUUCCUAUGUUUACACAAAAUAUUCGAGAAGGAUUUAGAUCACUUGGAGGAACAAGGUUAUUCAGAUGGCUUUAUGAAAAAUUCCGGUAUCCAUUUGCCCCAAUUUAUGGAGGUUUUCCAGUCAAAUUACGCACAUAUUUAGGUGAUCCCAUUCCAUAUGAUCCAAUGGUGACAGCAGAAGAACUAGCUGAGAAGACAAAGAAUGCAGUUCAAGAGCUGAUAGAUAGACACCAAAGAAUACCAGGAAACAUCAUGAGUGCUCUGUUGGAACGUUUUCAGAAAAAACAAGAGGUCAACUAGACUUUAAAAAAUAUAUUUAUAUAUGUUUGAAUCCAUCACAUUAUGUUCUAAAUUUUUAAGUUGCUGUAGUUUUUGUUUUAAAAAUCAUGUUAAAAUGCCUUUUCACAAAACCUAUUUGUUAAAAAUUGCAUUGUUUUAAUUUUAUUUUUGCAUUGAGUAGUGUCAAAUUCAUACUGUAAGCAACUUAUCAGAUGCCCAGUAAUUCAGAACAUGAUAAUACUGUUUUAUUUGUAAAUUCUUAAUAAGGAAUUGAAAAAUACAUAGAUUAAAAUUAUUUCUGAAUAAUAUUGAAUUUGAUGAAAUGAACAUUCCUAAGUUAUGUGUAUAAUUUCCACAUUUUUAUUGCACUGAAUUAAUUUUGAGAAGCAGUAAGGCCUCUUGGUCUAAAUACAGGUAGUGAAGUUAUAGACAUAUUCUAUUUCUUUAGCUUCCACUGAUUCACUAUGUGACUUUGGACAAGUUCUUAAUUUUUCAGUGCCUCAGUUUUUCCAUUUUUAAUAUGGGCAUUAUACUUUUUAUAUAUAAGGAUGUAGUGAGGAAUAAUUCUUCUGAAGUGCUGUAUUUGUGUUUUGUAAUUACUAUAGAACAUAAAUUAACUUAGUUACUCCUAUAUCUUUAUUUAACAGAAGCUAAUCCUUAGUUUCAUCAUAAAUAUUAAAAUUAUUUCUCUAGGCAUGAAGUCCAAGUUGCCAAUCAGAAACUUUUCUUUAAAUAGAUGAAGAAGAAACUAUGAAAUCUAAGAUUUUAGAUUUUUCUAAAUAUUACCUUUUAGUAUUUAUUCUAUUAUUUUUAAAGGUCACAGAAACACACAAGCAUAUGUUGUGUUGUACACUAGGUCAACCCUGUAACAGGGUAUUUAAUAGCAUAACAGUAAAAUCAGAGUCAGGUGCAACAUUUUUAAAUUUAAAUUUAAAUUUAAAUUUAAAUUUAAAUUUAGAGGUCAAUUUUAGCUAAGUUAAGAUAAAGCUAAAAUUAUCUGUCAUUUUGCACAGUUAAUAGGGCUUGUUAAUUUUUAAUAUGUAAGCAAUAAAAUGCUUUAUAGUUUGAACAGAACAUACUUGAAUAAUCAGUGCACUCCAAAAUAAAUUAAUACCUAGAUUUGUGGUCUUGAAAACUUAAAGUGUAUUCAGACAGAAGUAUAAAAAAAUCAAGUACAGUAUCACUUCUUUUUAGAUGUUAAUUGUACUCCUAAUUUGUAUAGAUUUUAUAUACAUCUAUAUUUAUGGCCUAUGUAUUGUAUAUAAAAGGACACCAACUUAUAAAAUAAAGCCAAAAUU